AUGCUUGCUAACGUUGCAACGGCAGCUCCAAAACUCAAUGAGCUCAGUCGCCCAGCACUCAAGGACUCGACCAUCCUGCGUUCAACAGUGAGCUGCCCUGAUUGCCCAGAGAGGAACUGCUACAAGUGCACUCUCGGCCACAACAACACCAUCCUUGCAAACACCGGUGGCCUGGCCUAUAUCCGUUCUAUUGUUGGCUACCAGCUCCCUGUUCCGGCCAAAAAGGUCAGGAAAUGUACCGUCCAGUUCCCAGCUUUCACCACACCACUCCAAGCACCAAUCAACGUGACUGUCUCUCGAGCUUUGUCCUCGGACUGGAACGAAGAUACCGUCUCAGGGGAAACCGCUCCUGAUUCUGGGGACGUUUUCAACACCGUCCAAGUCCCGGCAUACAAUAAUAUGGAGGCUCUCGAUGUUACUCAGGCGUGCAAGGCGGCUUCUGCUAGUGGCGAGUUUUCGAUCUACCUUGGCUCACAAUUCGGCCGAUUUGAGAUCUGGUCCAAAGAUUCUGGAAACCCAUCCAUUCUCCACACUUACUACAAAUGA